AUGCCUCCUAGUACCAGACGCUUGGAGCGCAACACAUCAACUGCCAAGAUAACCUCACAUGCCACGAGCAUAACCCUGACCAAACCAUUCCCAUUUCUCGAUCUUCCAGACACAGUUCGUCAACGCUUCUACGAAUUGCAACUUGAGGCACCGCGUGGCUUCGUGCGCCUGUUCAGCAAGGCAGGUCCCUUGCGGCCCGACGCCAGAGUGACGCCUGCAAAGGUCAAAAUCAAUAUCAUGUUCACAUGUCGGCAAAUCUACCUGGAAGCCAUGCCUGUGCUGUAUCGCGUCAAUAAUUUCUGCAUCGCUCCUCUUCAACUUCGUGCGGACCAUUACUCACACGAUAGAGUUGUGGUGCAGAGCGAGAGACUAAUUCGCUCACUGCCUGUCAAAGGCCGAAACCUCAUCAACAAGCUCGAGUUGUGGCUCCCUAUCCCACCUCCCGCCGACGGCCGGGAUCCCACAUUUUCUGAAUGGCAGGAUAUGCGAUAUCUGUUUCCCGGCCUCAAGACUCUGACGUUCUUCUUCGACCUAAACCAUCAGCUCGAACGUUCAUGGUGGGCCCUUCCGGAUCUUGACUGCUGCGAGAAGUUCUACCAGCGCUUCAAGAGCAGAAUGCCCCAAGCAAGGCAGACUUACAUCGAUUUGAGGAUGCUUAGGCCAAGCCUGAUAGAAUGGCAGCCACUGAUCGAUACUAUCGAUAAAUUGUGGAAUGCUUCGACUGGCGAGUCUGUCCAUAUCACCCAAGACCUGCACCACGCAAACAAGCAUGCAGAGCAGAAGAAGCUUGUAGACCAGGGUCUGACCGAAGAAUUUGGAUCAAGAGCUUCCAUGCAUCAAGGUCUCAGCUACUGGCAGAUACGACAAAAUCAGGCGAUAAACGAGAAUUUAUCCCUGACCGACGACGAUACCGAUGAUGAGAUUGAGUGUUUCGACAAGUUUGAUGCUGGGCAGAUCGUGGCAAAGAAAAAGAAAAAGGUUGAAAGCUUAAGCCAGAUGAGUUUCGAUUUUGAAGAGGAAGAGGGUGCUUGGUGGUAG